GGAUAGGGCUUAACAAUGAGCUAUUAGCACACUUACGAUUUAUUCUUUAACAAGAAAGAAAACUUGAAAGAGGAACUUUUCUACUUCCCACACCCUCCCCAGGACCCUUGCCCUUCAGUUGGCCUCCUUCAGUCUCAGUGACCUUAAAUGUCACCUUCCCUAGGUAACCUAGCCGGGGGAUCUGUCCACAGUUAUCCUCCAUAACUUCACUCUACUCUUUUCCAUCAGAGUCCGUUUCAUGUAACAUCACAUGUUAUUUGUUUCUUGUUUACUUGACUGUUAUUGAUGAUUAUUUCUAGAAUGUUAGCUCCAUGAGCGGCCUAUGUCUUUCAUUUGCUGUCUAUCCCCAUGGCCAUGCCAAAUGCCUGACCAACCACGGCUGCUCAGCAAAUAGAAGAGUCUGUACCAUAGUGCUCACAGAGACUUGGAGUGAUCUACGCUGCUUAAUGUACCUGUUAGAGAAGGUGAAAUCAAAGAUUCAGGCACUGAAAGGGGAUACUUCCUGCUGUGGAAAAGGAGAGAAGAAAAGAGCAAAGGUUUGCAGAUGCCUCCCCAGCGGAAUCAAAAUGACAGAUUUAUGCCACACGAACGGGUGGUCUGUGGUGCCGAUGGUGUUGUCUAUCCCGGGGCAGCUUUCUCUGGGACCUGGAGAGCGAAGAGUUUAUUUCCGUCACAUUUCAGCUGCCAAACUCUCCUUUAAAUCUAUUUGCUGCUUUGCCCUCCUUGGUUUGUGGAGCCCUGCAGAAAUCCAUUAUUUGCCUUUCCAGCUUCUCCGGUUGGAACUGAGGUUUCCAAAGGGUAAAAUGCAUUUUGGCGGAGGCAGAGCCCGGAAUCCUCGUUGUUUGCUGUUGGUGCCAUCCAAUUCACUGGUUCUGAAUAGGGGAAUUAAGUUAAUAGACAGGCAGAUAUGCUUCAUGAUUCUUGUAUUUCAAGAAAAAAAAAAAAAAAAAAAAAAAAAAAAGGUGCUCUACAGGCUGUCUUUUUUCUCCCAGCAGGUUCUGAUUGAUUUGUUUGAGUUUUGA